AUGUCUUUCGGUAAUACAGGCCGCUCGAUGCGGUCUCCUGAAGCACCUGACAGUCCUCUCUCGUCGGCGUUUUGUGCAAAUUUGCUUGCCUUGGAGUCGGGAGACUCAACUUCCUCGCAUGAGGCAGUCUAUCAUCAUAUACUGUACUCCAAAACAUCAGAAAAUUUCCAGCGUAUUGUUCAAUGCGUCACCCGACUGCAGAAAGAAUUUCCGCUCGCAAUUCGUGGGAAGACCCGAGACAUGAUGCGUGGUGCACAAAUGUCUUUGGAUAUGAGUUACCAAUUCGCCCUCCUGCCUGUGUGA